GGGGCCGAGGCUGGUUAUCGCCGCGAAGGACGUGCCGGCUCAGACGCGUGUGGUUAGUCCCCGGGGCCCAGCAGUGCAGCCGGUGCCUCUCGGAGUGGAUCUCAAAGAACAGCUUCUGGUCAUUGAAGGUGAAUGAGCAAAGUUUCCAGCACUUGUGUGACAGACAAAUCCUAACAAGGUGUUUUCAAGCCUGGAGGAGACAUAUCCUUUCCAAGAGGGCAGCCAGGAAGCUUUACAGACACCAGCUGCUUCAGAAGGGCCUAGGUGCUCUGCAGUGGGCUGUGCACCAGAGGAAGACACAAUUGGAGGUGGGCCAGCAGAGACAUGCUUCAAGUCUGCUAGCUGCCAGCUUCCAGAGGUGGAAGGAAGCUGUGGCAAAACAAAGCAAGAAGGAAGCUCUGCAGCCUGAGCCUUACUCCUGUACCCAAAGUUCAUCAGCAGGGAUUUUUGGACUAGGAAGAUCAGCAACUAUGACAACCUCAGCUCGGCAUCAGCUUACAACAGGAUACUCAAAGGAAGCGGAGCAGGCUCGUAGGAUGGAGGGAGAACUGUGGACACAGCUUCGUCAUAGGCAGAGAGGAGAGGAGUUCUGCUGGAGAGCUGAAGCAAUCAGAGACAUCAGACGGCUGGCUGUAGCUUUCAGACUGUGGUGCCUGCAGAAGGAGCUGCUGAGCAAAGAGGAAGCCAGGCUUUUGGAAGCCUGUGCUCUGCUAGAAAAGAAGAAGCUACAAAACAUUUUCUGGUUGUGGCAUUCCCAAAGCUUGGAAAUGAAACAGAUUCUAACACUGACAACUCAAAUCCAAAGACACUUGGUCUCCCGGUGCUUCAGUACAUGGAAGGAGACUGUUGAGCAGAAGGCACUUGACAGGAGCAACCUGGCUUAUCUCAGAGCAGCAUCACUGAGGAAGCACUUCCAGCAGUGGGCUGUGAUGCUGCAGACCAGAGGAGGUGAUAAGCAGGCAGUGGUGAACCUCUUCCUCCUACAAUGGAGGCGGCAUUAUGGAGCAGUUAUAAGCUCAGUAGCUGACAAGACUGUGACAAAGAGGCAUGAAGAUCAGACAUCAUGGACUGGAGAGAGACAGUUUCUGGAGAAAACAGUCUACUCUUUUGAUGACUUCCGCCAAAAACUGAAGCUGCAGAGAGUGUAUCUGCUGUGGAAAACAAGGCUGUGUGAGCAUCACAAAGCUGAUUCUUUCUCUCAGACUUUGGAGCAGUGUAAACUCAGAAAAACUCUGAAAUUAUGGCACCAAAAGUAUCUCAUGCUGAAGACAACUGAACAAAGUUCUGAGCAGUUGCACAGAUCUGUCUAUGAGGAACCUCUUGCCAUGCUGUCUUCUGAGGACCUCUCAACAUCAUCUGGCUUUGGCAGCAGUGCACCAGCUACUCUGACCUCUCAAAGCUCACUGGAAAAGGAAUGCAGUCUUAGUGACAGCAGCCAGCACGGCUUCUCCUCCCUUCUGACUGCUGAGGACGUCACACACAUGUUGUGUCACAGUUCUUUCCUGCAAUUCCACCAGUGCACAGAGCUGCCAGCUGAGCUGGGUGGGGAGCUGUGCUUGCAGACCUCCUUCCCUGGAUCUGGGAGACUUUAUCUUCUUCUUUCUUUCCCUCCUCACCCGACGCUUUUGUCUUGCAGAAGAAAUUGGUUUGUGGGGAAUCAGUUCCAGUCUUUGGUGUUGCAGAGUCCAGAUAAUAAUUCCCAGCCUCUCACCAGUUACUCUGCAUGGGAAGAGGGCUGCAGUUCUGACAAGAAGGUGAGGAGUUGUUGGCAGCAAGAAGAGAAAUACUGCCUGCAAAGGUGCUUCAUUGUCUGGUCAGCUCGAACUCGACAUCAUGUAAAGGCCCAGCAGUACUGCAGGCGCAUUCGGCUGUCUCGAGCCUUUCUCAGCUGGCACCACUGGGUCAUGGAAAAUAAGAACCAAAAAGCAGCAGCAGCCCUAAAACAUGGAGUUCAUUGUUUCCAGAUGGCUUUCAGCCUGUGGAAAAGGAGACUGGCCCAGAAAGUGGAAGUUGACCAGAGAUUCAGGUGUCAUGUUCACCAGAUGACUGCUGAUGCUCUGUGGCGUUGGCAUUCUUGCUGGCAAAGGAAGCGUGUUCUGAGAGAACUGCAGCAGCGAUGGGCUCGGCACAGCUGCCAGGAGAAGAAGAGGCUGGUCCUGCAGACAUGGUAUUACCAAACAAGGAAGCAGAAAUAUGCUGUUUUAUUCUGGGAACGUUUUCUCCUGCACAGGUGCCUUGUCACUUGGGCCCAGGUCACUGCGUGUAGACUGAGGCAGCAUGAAGCUCUCUCUUAUUUUAAAAGAGUCAGAGAGCACCGUCUCCUUGUUGUGAGCUUUACUAAGUGGAGGGACAAACUCUUGAGAGCUGAAAAACGGGUGCCAGGAGGGAGAAACCACAAGUGGCAGGAGCCCUCUCCAGGUAAAGCCUGUCACCGCUGGCGAGUGGCUGCAAGAGGACAGCAAGCCCUGUGCCUGGGAUCUGUGACUACUGUCAAACAAGCGUGCAACUACUGGACCAGAGCAGCUGCCUUUUCCCAAUGCUUACGGCAGUGCAAUACCCUCAUAGGUUUUAGGAAAAGCAGGAAGAUGUCUCUCUCUCGGUCCACGAAAAGCAGAAGAGGCAGAGAAGAUUCAGCACCAACUGGACUUUUUCCCAGUACCAUUCAGCGCUGGCUGGUGAUCUACAGGAACCAAAACAGGGCUGAAAGGCUGCUGGAGAGACGUGAUGUGGUAGGACCCUCUCGUGCACAUGCAAGGAUCCAGGAGAACACAGCAGAGGUGGACUUGGAGGAGUGGGAUAAGAAGUGGCUUGGGAGGAAAUACCUGAGGUGGUGGCAUCACACAGUGGUACUGCACCAAUGCCAGCAUGACAGGAGACUGCUCUGUCUGGCAAGGGGAUGGCAUCAGUGGAGGGAAGCUAGCAGGGUGGUGAUACUGGCUCAGGUGUUGGACCAGGAGCAGCUGAUAGAAAAGGCCUGGAGGGUGUGGAGACGGAGAUAUUUGCAAAGCUGCGUGGUGCAGAAACUUUUGGAGGAGGAAGCCAAGAGCCUCCUGUCUCAGGCCUUUGGAAGGUGGCAGCAGCUCACAGCAUUCCAGUGCAAGGACAAAGGAUCCUGCUGACUGGAGUAGGCCUGCCUGCAGCUGCUGCUCAUUUCAGGACAUGUGGAGGAUACGGCUCCUGUCACAACAAAGAGCUGGUCCUGGGCCAUCAAGAAAGAGAACACUCUGCUCUUACGACAAAAACAGUGCUGCAGGCCAGAAGGAUGACAGCCAAAGAACAACCAGGAAGAGCUGGUACCUAGUGAAAGGUCCUCUUUAAAGGACUUGUAUCCUACCUCCGUAGCAGCACAAACGGAGAAGUUACUCCCAGUUGUUGUGAGGUUGCAUUCUCUUCUCCUCUGGACCCUGCUUUUGCUGGAGUUCUGAUUAAAGGUCAAAAAAACACCUUA